GGUGUGGCGGGAGCGUUCCUCGCCUUCCUAACCUUCGUGGUGCGGGACCAUUUCGCGCGGCGGCCGCCCUGGGACGGCGGCGACGCCGACUGGUGCCGCUCGGAGGCUCUGGCACCGCCUCCCGCCCCGCCUGCGCGGGACGACGCUGUCUGCCCUGUGAGCUGGGUCCACCCUGGCAUCGUGGAGGAGAUCGCGCAGCAGCUCGCCGCUGAUCGCUGCGUGUGCGAGGUUCAGUGCAACAGCGGGGCGAGGGACUUCGCCCUGUUCGCGGGCGGCGUGGGCUUCUUCGGCUUCGGGCAGUUCAUCUACUGGGUGACCUUCUUCGGCAAGUGCUACUGCUGUCGGCGGGAUGGCGAGCGUCUUACGGUGCGGGAGUUCUUGAAUGAGCUCCUCCCUGGCCGCCUCGUGGCGGUCAGAUACCCAGGAGAGGACCUCUACCACGAGAGGGUGGUCCUCGGCCCGUGCGCUCGCGACCCACUCGGCCGAGUGAGUCGCUGGGAGGUGCUGACGCCCGACCACGACAAAUACGACGAAGACAUGACCAUGGAGGGCGACGAAGGCGAGGCCAUCGUCCUCCUGGACGACAUGGGGAAUUGUCCAGCUGGCCUGCGAGGUAAAUUUUACCGCUUUGCUGGAGACCGCUAUCCAAGCAGCCAGCAGAUCGUGGACUGGGCCAGGGCCCAGGUCGAGCAGAUCAGGGCCGCUGGUGAGGAGCCGCUGUCGAUGACUCACUACAUCGACCACGCGGGCUCUCGCAAGGCGCUGGCUGGCGUGGGCAGGCGGCUCCGCCUGUGCGCUCCCGCGCCCUUGCCUGCGGGGGGGCCCGAGGCCCCUGGAGGCGCGGCCGCCGCUGGCCGCCUCGCGGCCGUGGACGGCGACGCCGACGGCGCUGGGGCUCCCGCGGGGCCCGCUGGCGCGGUCGGCCUGGGCGCUGUGCGCGACGCUACCGAGGACCCCUUCGGCCCCCUGCGUGCGCGCGAGGAGCCCGCCGAGGGUCGUGUCUGGAUUGUGUGCGAGAACUCCGACGAGCACGAGACCCUCGGGCUGGAGGUCACGUUGAGGCCUGGCGACAUCGCCAUCACCAGCCACGACGGGUUGGUGCAUCGGCACGGCGGGUUCUUGAGGAUUCGCUCGGUGCUGUCCAGCGAGUGCGUCGACUUCGUUGCCCGCCUAAAGGUCGACGACGACGUCAGGACCUUGUGGGUCGACUACGACGAGUCUGGGAACCGUUUCAAGUCCUUCAAGAGGGCCGUGCAGGAGAGCCGCGAGGAGCCCAUCACGGCCGUGGAGGUGCAGGGCCCGCCUGGCACGCUCCACCUCGCUCGGUUCAUCAAGCGGUACGGCGGGGACCCGCGGCGCUGGUGGCAGGGCUUCGCGCGGGGCCACGGCAUCAGCAAGACGGACAGGGUCUACCACGAGAUGGCGAACCUCACGGAGAGCCUGAAGUUGUUCGGCGAAUACGACCAGCUCAACUUGGGUGCCUCCGCGGGCAUCGAGAAGCUGACGAGACGCAUCUGCGGGGUGAUCGACGCCUGCGCGACAGGCGGGGGGGUCCCCAGCUGGAAGAUGGCAGGCGUCUACGAGGGCGAGGCCAACUCGAUCGACGCCAUUGCCCCCGCCUUGCGCAAGUGGGGCCUGACGAAGGUGAAGGACCAUAACGAGCUGGAGCAGGCUCGUUUGCGCCAUCCGCGGCCCGCGGAAGGCGCCGACCCGAGCGCCGCCCUGUCGGGCGCUGCGGGCCGUGGUGACGGCGGCCGUGGCCGCGGUGCUGGGGCAGGGCGUCGGUCGAAGCGAUACCGCAGACGUGACCACGUGCGGCAACUCGUCGAGGGCGCUUCGAAUGCACUUAAUUGGCUUGCUAAGACCGAUGACUACCGACUUCCUGAUCUCCGCGGGCGGCCUCAACAUGUUUCGGAGCUCGGCCAGUGCCAGGUGACCCGCGAGCGUGACGAGGUGCUGUCCUACGUGGAGCAGUUGGCUGCGCUCCAGGUGCGCGACGGUGGCCAUGAGUACUACUUGCCGCCAGAAGUGGCCCUUCGGGAGCUGCUCUGUGACAAGGCGUCUGGCUACAUGAUGGACGCCUCUAUGACUACGCUCGCGCCGUACCAGCGAGGUCGGGUCUCCCUGCCUGAGAAGCGAGAUGCGGUGUCGUCCGUCUUCGACCUGGUGGGGGAUCGUGGCCGUGCAUACCUGGAGGGUGCAGGAGAGCGCAUGCUCGAUCCCAGUGCUAGUGGCACGUUGGCUGGCGAUGCUGAUCGAUGUUAUGUUGAUCCCCAGCUCGCCAGCAACCCGAAGCUCUACGCCCGCUUCGUGCGCGACCUGAAGGCCAGGAACAUGCUAGUCUUCGGCAAGUGGGCGCAUGAGCGCACAG